AUGGGUUUCCAUAGUGUGACCGUCUCCUACAACGCAGUCAUUUGUGACUUGCUUCCCAAAGGACCCCCCUUCCAACAUGCAACAAUCACGUUGAAAGAUGCUCCUGAUGAGCUUCAUGAACUCUACUUCAGGGAUAUAGUCGCAUGUGCAGCCCUCCUCUUCAGCAAUCCAGACUACUGGGAGGAAAUGGAUUAUGAACCAGAAGAACUAUUUGUGACAAAUGAGGAUGGAUCACCGUCAACAAAUUGUGUGUAUGCAGAGCUGAGUUCUGGUUGGAUUUGGAAUGAGGAACAGAAGAAAAGGGGUUAUGUCAUAUCCAUCCCCAGCCAUCGACUUCCACUCACUCUGAUCCCUCCGGUCUACCUCCGCUCCUUCUUCACUAACCUCGGAGCUCCUGUAUUCUGCAAUCACCUCGGUACCCCUCGAUGGUCACCACCCCCUCCUUUCAAUUUAUUACCUACGCCUCCCUAA